AUGGCGCGAGAAGAUCGAUCUGGGGAGUUCACCGGUGUCUUGGGCUUCUUCAUUUGUAUCUGCACCCUGCUGGUACUGCUUCGAUGUUACUGCAAGUUGGUCAUCGUGAAGAACUUCGCGGCCGAUGACUACUUUUCUGUCCUUACCCUAGUAUCCUUCUUGGUCUUUUGUACCCUCGCGCUACUAGGUAUUCAGAAUGGAACCGGAAAGCGACGCUAUCUUAUUCCGGACGAAAAGUAUCCCAUGGGCAUGAAGUGGUGGUGGGCUUGCGAACCUACAUACGUUGCUACGAACAUUUUUCUCAAAUUCAGCAUCGGCAUCUUCCUGCUGCGUAUCGCCGUUGAGAGAACUCACCGCACCAUUCUUUGGAUCGCCCUGAUCGUCAUCCAAGUCUACAGCGUGUACUUCUUCUUCCUCUUCACCUUCCAAUGCUGGCCUGUCUCAUUCUUCUGGGAACAGUUUCGCGGCGGCAAAGGCCACUGCAUCCCCUCUAAGCUCGUUGUGAACUCAUUCUACGGCUACUCUGCAUUGUCCUGUGCCACGGACUGGACAUUCAGUAUCGUUCCAAUCUUCAUCGUGCACAAGUUGCAAAUGAGUAAGAAAAAGAAGACUACUGUGGCUGUUGUACUCGCUUUCUGCGCUAUCGGCUCCACCGCAACAGUCAUCCGCAUCCCAUUCAUACACGGGCUCAACGACAUACCGGACUUCCUCUACUCUACUAUUGACGUUGCAAUAUGGUCCACCUGCGAAACUGGCAUAGGCCUCGCCACCUCCGCCGCCGCCACUCUCCGCCCCUUGCUCCGCCAGGUCUUUGGCGACAUGUCGACGCAUGAUAGCACCUCUCGCAAGCACUCGCGCAUGUGGAAUUCGGGACACCCGUCACGAUCAGGGUACCGGGAACAUGCAAGCCAGCGUGGCGAAAAUGAUAUUCAGCUCAAUAGUCAUGAUUCGAAACACCAGACGGUCCAUGUCGUAGGUGGAGAUGGUUCGAGCCUGAGCGGGAGUACGAUGGAGUUGAACCAUGAUUGGGAGCAGGACAAAGACAGUGGGCUGGCUGAUGCAGGUGAAGCGGGUGCCCGCAAAGGUGUCGAAGGAUGGAUCUUGCCGGGUAAAGACAGGAUUCACUUGCUUGAAGUCGUCUUCGGCAACUAUUGCCCGAAACACGGAUACUGUGGCACUAGAUUCAAUCCUACUUUCGGUUCCUGCUCGAGCUCAGCUGCUACCUGUUCUGUCUCUGCAACGCGUUCAGUCUUAACUUCAUCUCGCGCUACUCCCAUUGCUGCCUCGACCGCCACAAAUACUGCCAUCAGGAACAUCUACACCAAUGCGCGAUGCGGUAAUGCUUACGAAGCUUCACCUCUCGACAUGACUUGUGUUGGAUCCAACCCAUGCCUGUUCCAUCAGCUGCUUCUGAAUACUAGUGCAGCACAUCAGAAGCACCGAUGCAUACUGCGGUACUGGAUUUCAGCUAGGCUUUGCCAACUGCGAUUCUGCGUCCUCGUCCCCAUCGUCCACUUCCGCGGAAGCUCCGAUCACGUCAUCAGGGGUGCGAGCGACUACAAACACAUCCGAAAUCCCUUCGGUCGCCUCAUCAUCAAGCAAUGCGUUGUCUUCCGCUACAGCGUUCGAGACCACGAGCACAUGGGCUACCUACCCUGCCUCGUCUUCUUUGCCCACGAUUGCAUCGAUCGAAAGCUCUUCUCCAAGUGCAUUCGCAACAAGCGCUGA